CUUGCUUGUCUCUCUCAUUUGACUGCGACUGAAAAAAAUCUCGUCCGCCCAGCAGUUUUUGAAUAAUAUAUUACAUGUCUGCUACUACUUGAAGGAGGAGAUCACGAAGGGGAGAAGAAAAGGUGUUGAAAAAAGGAAGUCGACUCUGAUAAUAUAAUAAGAAAAAAGUCUAGCGUAAUAUACAAAGACAACGGCAUGGGAAAAAAGCGCGCCGACGGCCGGGGAAGCGACUCAACGCUUCGUCCACUUGCCUGCGAACUCUCCUGUCUCCACCGAUCCGACGGUUCCGCCCUCUGGAAAGCAGGAUCAACCCAUGUCCUCGCUGCUGUGUACGGACCUAUCGCUCCCCAGAACAUGAACAACGAAGGCGAUGUCGGCAAGGUAUCGGUGGUUAUAAAGUCUGGAAAGGCAGAUAACGGAACGUACGAAAAUGAAAUGGGGAAAUUUCUGACGGAAACCAUCUCGUCCUGCGUGGAUGUAUCCAGAUUUCCACGGUGCAUCAUUGAAGUUGUCCUGCAAAUAAUCCAGUCCGAUGGUUCGCUUCUUGGCUGCCUGUUACACGGUGCGGUCGCUGCUCUUAUGGACGCCGGUGUCGACCUACUGUAUUUACCGGUGGCAACGACGUUUCUCGUCCGAUCGAUACAGUCCGGUGCCAACGCAACAACUGCUUCGAAAGUUCGAUUGGACCCGACGUCCGCGGAGGAGGAGGAAGAGCGAGAUAGCUCCAUCAUUGUCUUGGUGAACGAGCAGAGGAGGCCAGAAAGGAUACUGGGGAGCCACACCGUCGGUUCCGGUAUUGACCUCGACGAACUACUUUCAUGCGUUCAAAUUGCCAGUAAGGCUUGCAGCGCCAUACCUACAUUUUGGAGAUUGGCCAUCGAACAAAAACUGAAGCGGGAAUCACAAACACUUUGGUCCAGGUGAUCAGUUGUAAACACAGUCCAAGAUUCGAAUCCACGAAAAACGACACUUUGUUCUUGACAAUAGGGGACAAACAAGAUUUGAUAUUCAUGUCGAAAUUGCUAGUAGCAAUUGUCAAAACACAAAGGUGUUUAACAAUCAUAGUUUUUUGGUAGCCAUAGCUGUGCUAUCAUGAAUGAACUUGUUGCUUGCACAUCACAAGCCUUCUGUUUUGAUUCAUUUGCUUGUCAGGCCAUCUUCGCAGCAUCAUACGCCAUCUUCCACCAUAUGUAGUCUACGUUGGAGAUCCUCUGGAUGGUGUUAUGGAACUUGCGGAACUUGCUUCCUUGUAGUAACUUUGUUUAAGUAGUCAGGAACAAUUUCAUUAGUUGGGCAUUACUUGAUUGUCAUCUUGCCUUUCAUGCAUGUGGAUGUGCCUGGUCCUUUUGGUGCUCAAUCUUGUCCUGUUCCUUUCUAACUUUAUCACACUAUCAC